CCCCUUCCAAGUGUUAUAAAUAUGGAGGUACUUGGCACACCCAUGGCAUUCACUUCCCAUAGUUGUAUAGAUAUACAAUAGCUUACAUACACAAGUUACUAGAGUUCUACCCAUGGCUGCAUCUUUUUCUGUACCUUCUAUGAUUAUGGAGGAAGAAGGGAGGUUCGAAUCAGAAGUAGCAGAGGUGCAAGCAUGGUGGAACUCCGAGAGGUUCAAGCUCACUCGCCGCCCAUAUUCAGCCAGAGACGUCGUGGCUCUCCGUGGCAACCUUAGACAAAGCUAUGGCUCCAAUGAGCUAGCCAAGAAGCUAUGGAGGACACUCAAGACCCACCAAGCCAAUGGUACUGCCUCAAGGACCUUUGGUGCACUAGACCCUGUCCAAGUGACCAUGAUGGCCAAGCACUUGGACACCAUUUACGUCUCCGGUUGGCAGUGCUCAUCGACCCACACGAGCACCAACGAGCCUGGACCAGACCUCGCUGAUUACCCUUACGACACUGUCCCAAACAAGGUCGAACACCUCUUUUUUGCCCAACAGUACCAUGACCGAAAGCAAAGGGAGGCUCGGAUGGGGAUGACCCGGGAAGAGAGGGCUAGAACCCCUUAUGUUGAUUACUUGAAACCAAUCAUCGCCGAUGGGGAUACUGGAUUUGGCGGUGCAACAGCCACUGUCAAGCUGUGUAAGCUUUUUGUGGAGCGCGGGGCUGCUGGGGUCCACAUCGAGGACCAGUCGUCCGUGACUAAAAAAUGUGGACACAUGGCGGGUAAAGUGGUUGUAGCGGUUAGCGAACACAUCAAUAGGCUUGUGGCUGCUAGGCUGCAAUUUGAUAUUAUGGGGGUUGAGACGGUACUUGUGGCUCGUACUGAUGCGGUUGCUGCCACUUUGAUUCAAACCAAUGUGGAUACCAGGGAUCACCAGUUCAUUUUGGGCUGCACUAACCCAAAUCUGAAGGGUAAGAGCUUGGCUACUCUUCUUGCUGAAGCUAUGGCUGCUGGGAAAACAGGACCAGAGCUUCAAUCCAUUGAGGAUAAUUGGCUGUCAAUGGCACAACUGAAGACAUUUUCAGAUUGUGUUGUUGAUGGGAUCAAGAACUUGAAUGAAAGUGAGGCUGAGAAGAGGAGGAGAUUGAAUGAGUGGAUGAAUUGUUCUAGUUUCGGAAAGUGUCUUUCGAAUGAGCAAGGCAGAGAGAUUGCUGAGAGAUUGGGGCUUCAUAACCUCUUCUGGGAUUGGGAUUUGCCAAGAACAAGAGAAGGGUUUUACAGGUUUCAAGGUUCUGUAAUGGCGGCAAUUGUUCGUGGGUGGGCUUUCGCUCCCCACGCUGACAUUAUUUGGAUGGAGACUGCUAGCCCUGACAUGGAUGAGUGCACCAAGUUUGCACAAGGGGUGAAAUCAAUGCAACCCGAAAUCAUGUUGGCUUACAAUUUAUCUCCUUCUUUCAAUUGGGAUGCAUCGGGGAUGAACGAUGUACAGACGAUGGAUUUCAUUCCUAGGAUUGCCAAGUUGGGGUAUUGUUGGCAGUUCAUUACACUGGCUGGUUUCCACGCUGAUGCACUGAUUGUCGACACAUUUGCCAAGGACUUUGCUAAAAAGGGAAUGCUGGCUUAUGUGGAGAGGAUUCAGAGGGAGGAGAGGAGCAAUGGAGUUGAUACAUUAGCCCAUCAGAAGUGGUCUGGUGCAAAUUACUAUGACAGGGUUUUAAGGACUGUCCAGGGAGGUAUUACUUCCACUGCUGCCAUGGGAAAAGGAGUGACUGAGGAGCAGUUCAGAGAGACGUGGACUAGGACAGGAGCUACAGAUAUGGGUGAUGGCAGUGUCCUGAUUGCCAAGUCCAGAAUGUAAGAAAGCUAUUCGAGAUUGGUGAUAGGGGGUUUGAGCUUGGGAAAUUUCUCUUGUUUCAACUUGGAACCCAAAGUAUAAUAAUCAUGUCUUAAUAAUUUUCAUUGGGGAUUGUGUCAUUUUGGGCAUUUUUAAGCCCAUGUUAGUUAUCGUUGUGGUUCUGUGAGAACUUCAUUGAGGGAGAAAUGUUGUUCACAUCUAUAGUAUUUUGAGUUUAUGUUGAGUACUUCAAAUAUGUUGUACCAAAACUAUUUGGACUUCCUUUGCUUUCA